CAGCGAGGGCGGGUUUCUCCAUGGGCUCGGUCUUCGAGGCUCACGGACAGCGAAUGUCGUCAUGAGCGAACAACAGGACAGUAUGGCCACUGUUGCUGUGAGUCCGAGUGAAUACCUGCAGUCUGCUUCCACAAAACUUGAAGAUCACACAUAUGGACCACAGAGGGACACAAAAACAACACAGGACUCUCAGCCCUCCCCUCUGGCCCUCCUGGCUGCCACCUGCAGUAAGAUCGGCCCCCCUGCAGCUCAGGCUCCAGUCACGUCUCCUCCUGUACAGCCGCAGCCUCGCAGGCUCCUCCCAAUAAAACCGGCUCCAAUUGCUCCUGCUCCACCCAAAAACCUGGGCUUCCUCUCAGCCAAAGGCAAUGUGAUCCAGCUUCCCGCUGGCUUGGGCUCCACGGCACCGGGUAGCCCCAUCGUCCUCACUAUCCAGAGCCCAGCCCGUACUGGGACUGCUGCCCCAGCCAACAUCCAGUAUCAGGUGGUGCCACAGAUCCAGGGUACACAGACUAUACAGGUGAUGCCACAAGGAGGCCAGAUCCAGCUCAUACCAGGCACCAACCAAGCCAUCAUAACCACUCCUAUGACUAUGCCAGCCCCAGUGGCUGCCACCGCCCCGGUUACGCCGCAAAAGACUCUCACCCUAAAGCCGUCACCCAAGCUGCAGAAGACAAAUAACGCUGCAGCGAAUGUAGUGCAGCUUCCCAGCGGGCUCACGCUACCGCUGAAUGUGGCUACCGGAGAGGUGGGUGGGACCCAGCUCGUCACAGAGACGCCGGCUGCUCUUCCCAGUCUGGCGAAGGGACGGCGAGGGAGGAAGAAGAAGGUGGUUGUCGCCGCUCAGCCUUUGCCCCCGCCCACACAGGCUGCCUCCCCGCCCCCUGAGCAGAUGGAGACCAUCGUGAUAGAAGCUGGUGACAACAUUCUACAGGCAGGCAACAACCUGUUGAUCGUGCAGAGUCCCGGGCAGCCGCCUGUGGUGCAGCAAGUCCAGCUGGUCCCACCCAAACAGGACCCUCAGGUGGUUCAGAUUCCCCAGCAGGCCCUGAACGUGGUGCAAGCCGCCUCUGCCACGCUUCCUCCUGUCCCACAGAGACAUUCGGCCUCCUCCAGUCUGCAGGUGGCCACACCGGACACCACCCCGACGCAGAUUCUGUUCAAAACGGCAUCGGGUGAGUGGCAGUCUGUCCAGAUCCAGGACGCUGUCUCCACGGCAACGACCCCCACCAGCCCAAUUGGUGCUGUCACUACUACCACCGCCGCCACCACCUCACCAACGGCUACCCCAAAGAGGAUGCUGGGAGCGGGAAAGAAGGAGAGGACUUUUGCAAAAAUUGCCCCAGCAGGUGGGAUGAUUGCUCUGAACACGGCUCAGCUGUCCUCUGCAGCGCAGGGCGUCCAGACGAUCAGCAUCAACGGCGUUCCAGUUCAGGGGGUUCCUGUCACCAUCACCAAUGCAGGAGGACAGCAGCACCUCACUGUUCAGACCGUGCAGGGCGGAGGCCUCCAGCUGGCAACCUCGCACGGCCAGCAGGCCGUCCAGGUGGACCAGACCCUUACCCUGGAGCUGCCCAGCCCCUCAGGAGAAAAGAAGCGGCGUAUGGCCUGCACCUGCCCAAACUGUAAAGAUGCAGAUAAAAGGCCCGGCGAGGUGGGGAUGAGGAAGCACAUCUGCCACGUCCCCGGCUGUGAGAAGACAUUCAGGAAAACAUCACUGCUCAGAGCUCACGUCCGGCUGCACACCGGCGAGAGGCCGUUCGUCUGCAACUGGGUUUUCUGCGGGAAACGUUUCACACGCAGCGAUGAGCUGCAGCGGCACGCGAGGACACACACAGGAGAUAAACGCUUCGAGUGCAGCCAGUGUCAGAAACGCUUCAUGAGGAGUGACCACCUGACGAAGCAUUACAAGACUCACAUAAACACCAAGAACCUGUGAGCAGACUCCACGCCGAGCCGCGAGUCUCAGACUGUGCAGCCUGAAGGCCGGAGCGUCCGCCCGUUUCCCAUAGUGGGGAAAGACUCCUACACCCCACCCCCAAAACUCCUCUGGGACACGACAAACCCGUGGACUUCAGACUGACCCAGGAGAUUUUAUUUAAUUAGUUUAGUUUUUUUUUUUUUCCCUGGCACCAGCAUCAUCAAAACCUCAUGUCAGACGGUGAGACGUCACACGCUGGAGUGAGUUUGUUUAUUUAUGACCAGGUGUGAAACAGGAAGGUAAUUAUUCAGACGUGA